UGUGCUCCUUCGCCCCACUGGGCCACUAACUUUCUACAACAGUGAUUUCUCUGACAUCAUUAACUUCCCAUCAAAUUUCCACAGUUAUGGUAAUAUUAAAUUCGAAUUCGAUUCGAAUUUAACCAUUUUAACAAAAUCAUUUCAAACGGCAAGUGAUUAAAUUUCCACAGUUAUGGUAUCAUCAUUAACCAUUUUAACAAAAUCAAACGGCAAGUGAUUAAAUUCGAAUUCGAUUCAGUUUGGAGAAAUUGAAGCUUUAAGCAUUUCAAGAAUUGGUGCGCCUCCAAUGGAUCCGCUGAACGAACAACGGCUGAGAGAUGAGGUUACUUUCCUUCACUCCCUCUGGCAUCAAGGACCCCCUGCCCCUAGGCCCCCCUCCGCCGCCACCCGCCACCACCUCCAUCCCUCAAAAGCAACCCUCUUCAAGAAGAAGCCAAACCCCACAGGCAAGAGGUGGAAGAUACUCCCCCACGACGCCACCUCAUCACACAGCGCCGAGUGGCCGUGCCCCGCCACCCCGCCUCCCGCCACCGCUUGGCCCACUGCCUGUGGUCCCACUCCGGAGCCUCUCCUCCUCUCCCCAGAGGAACAAUCCAAAUUGGCCGCUAAACGUGCCCAUCACGACGCGCUUAAGGUCGUCCGCGAUUUCUUGAUUACUAAUAAUCCUGAUGGUUUUGAUGAAACAGAAGGAAGCGAUGACGACGAUGGCGAUGAGCCGAUGGCCGGAGAUCGCGGCUGCGAGGAGUAUGGUAUUUUCUACAAAGUGUUUGAGGAUACCAUAUUGAAGGAGUAUUAUGAGAAGAAUUUCGUUAUGGGAGAGUUUAGUUGUCUGGUUUGUGGAGUUGUUGUUGGUGGCAAGAAUUCGACGAAGAAGUUCAAGGGCUGCUUGCCUCUCGUGCAGCACUCGAUCACCAUUGAGAAGACGAAGAGAAGAAGGGCGCAUAGGGCGUUCGCUCAAGCUGUUUGUAAGGUUCUUGGUUGGGACAUUCAUCGCCUGCCCGAGAUUGUUUCUAUGCUGAGUGAUAAAUCUGGCAACACACAAGGGAAUAGUAAUGGUGACAACAAGGAGAGUUUAGUGGCUUUGUCUCACAAUGUUGAUUCUGUAAAGCAUGUUACUUCAUAUGGUAAGGCUAACGAAGCAGAACCAGCAUCUCAUAGUGGUGAAAACUUGGAAGAUAUUGGUGUCGUCAAUGCUCUGCCCGACAACGAGGAGCCUGCAUCAGAUGGGCUGACAGUUAGUUUUUCGGCCACUGUCUUCCCCUCCGCUGCUGUCCCCAUGGUCAGCCACCAUCUGCAGCCCUCAGAAGCUGAAUGCCCGUGCCCUAGUCCUCCACAUCUGCCUCCCACCAGUGGUUGGCCCACCACUGGCUUGGCUACUCUAGAAAAAUCCAGUCUAAAAGCUCUGCCGCCCUCCUUCGAGGAACAGUUGAUAUUGGCUGCAAGACAUGCCCAUCAGCAUGCCCUUAAGGUUGUCCAUGAGUUCUUUAGGACAGAUAAAUCCAAUGAUUCUGAUGAAAUAGAUAGUGAAAGUGAUGAUGGUGAUGAUGAUGAACUGAUGGAGGAAGACAGUGGGAGUGAGAAGUACAGUGUUUUCUUAAAGGUGUUUGAAGAAGGCACAGAGUUGAGGGAGUAUUACAUGAAGAAUUUCUCUGAAGGGGAGUUUAGUUGUCUGGUUUGUGGUGCUGUGGGUGGAAAGAGAAGUGGCAAGACGUUUAAAGGUUGCUUGCCACUUGUGCAACAUUCAAUCACCAUUGCCAAAACAAAGAAGAGGAAACCCCAUAGAGCUUUCGGGCGAGCUGUCUGCAAGGUUCUUGGUUGGGACAUUGAUUGCCUUCAUGACAUUGCGGGUAUGCUGAGUGACAAGACUGGCAAGAUACAGGACAGCAAAGAGGAUUCUGUGUCUUCUGUCCACAAUGUUGAUUUGGUAAAGCCAAACGAUGAUACUUUAGAGGGUAAAAAUGACGAAGCAGCACCAGAAAGUGGACGUGUUUGUUCUGGAAUUCCAUCCAAUAGUGAUGACGGAGAUAUGAAUUUAACUUGUCCUGACGCUGAUAGAAAUUUGGGAAAUGGCAAUUUGCAUGCACAUAGCUUGGAGGAUCCAAUAGCGGAAUAAUCGGCCCUACGAGCUCUGCUCAGGAAUGAAGUUUGGGAAGACUUGAUGUUAUUCUUCUCUCCAUAUUUCACAAAGUGGUUUGAAAUGCAAAAUUGAGUCUGUUCAUGAUGUUUCAGCGAUGUCUCAAGCAAUGGCCAUCAUUCUCGAAGUUCUAUCACCACCUUCUGACUGUAGCAGAAACUAGUGUACCUUGAGUCUAAAUUUCUGAUAAAAUGCAAUUUUUUUUGGCGCAGGUGCCUUGUGAAGCGAUACAUAAUGGCGUGGGAAAUGAAGUGCAAGUUGUGCAGAUGGGUUGAUGUUGUUCAAAAAUUUCUGAUUGUUUCUUAAGAAGAGUUUGUAAAUCCAGUAGGGAAACAUUUCUAGUUUCAGGUUAUCCAAAAAUUAUCAAAAUCCAGUUGUGGAUAUUCUAGUACCAAGACAUGCUUCCCAAUCA